GUGUGUGUCUUUGAUUAGAUAAUGAUUAUCUAGAUAAAGGUUUGGAUUGCUUUUGACAUUUGUCUUGUCCUGUAUAUUUCGCUGGAUUCACCUUUUGUUAUGAUUUGGUUACAUGGGAAUAUAAAAGUAACUGUUUGUGGGUCUUGAAAGCAUCAACAACACAGGAUUAAAAAAACAUUUCUAUCAUCUCUACUCAUCUGUUAUCUCAAGCUGGUUCUGUUUUUUUACCUUCGUAUUCUCUAUCUUUAUCCAUAAACUUUGUUUUACAUUGUACAAAGCACAGAGUGGAGGAUCUGCUUUUAGUGUCUUUCGUUCUCAGCUAUGAAGAGGCUCAAUAACUCAGAUAAUAUGGCUUCUAUGCUUUCCAUGUGCCCAUCAAAAGGGUUGAAUCAGAGGAAAGAAACUCAGGGUUACAGUGAAGAAUUUCAGGCAAUGUUAGAUAGAUUAGAGCAAGAAGAUAACUAUGAAGAUGGUAGCUUAGUCUUGGAGAAGAAAAGGAGACUCAGUUAUGAUCAGGUCAAAGCGUUAGAGAUGAGUUUUGAGAUGGAUAACAAGUUAGAGCCAGAGCGCAAAGUGAAGUUAGCAGAAGAACUAGGCUUGCAACCAAGACAAGUUGCUAUUUGGUUCCAAAAUCGACGAGCCCGUUGGAAAACUAAGCAAUUGGAGAGAGAUUAUGGUAUUCUCAAGUCCAAUUUUGAUAUUCUCAAGGUUGAGUAUAAUAAUCUUGAGCAAGAGAAUGAGGCUCUUACUAUAAAGCUAAGAGAGUUAAAAGCAAAAUUGUGUGAAGGAAGAGGUGAAAGCAAUGAUUCAGUGAAAGAAGAAUGUCCAAUUUCAGAAGUUAGAGACAGAGGAGCAUCAGAGAGCAAUUCAAAUGGUUUGGUUAAGGAAGAAAGUAAUGUUGAUUCUCCUUUGUGUUUCAAUGGAUCUUUGCCUAGUUCAAGUUCAGUGAUAAACUGGCUUCACUACUCUGAUUCAAGAGGGUCUCCUGAUAGAACGUUUGAGACUCACUUUGUGAGAAAGGAGGAGCAGAAUUUCUUUAGUAUUAAUGAACUUAGCAGUUUCUUUUCAGUUGAUCAAUCACCUACCCUGUAAUAGAUUGAAUGGAUCAUUCAAGAGCAAUGCCACU